GCCUAAACACCAAGCUCCCUCCGCAUCCUGCUCGAGCAGCCAGCCUUUCGCAACCUCAAUUGAGCAACCCAGUGCUCCAUCUCGCCCGCCGCGCUGAUCCCGCAGGCAGACGCACACACAUCCUCCUCCUCCUGCUGCUACUGCUGCCCCUCCACGCGCACGUCAUUGGAGCUGCCCCAAGCGUGGUAGCGGGCGCCCGUCCGCAUUCUUGACGUUCGCGCCUGGCAUUCCAGAGCCGCCCUCUCCAGCAGACUCAUCUCGUACUGCGGACGACUAGUACUAGUCCGAACGUACGAUGCCACAGUCACACGCCAGUACGGACCGAGAGUCGGUUUGGUCCGACGGGGACCACCGGCUGAAACAUCAACACUCUGCCUCUUCUGAUCAUGGCAGCCGAGCCUUGAUUCCCAUGUGGGACAGCUCCGACCCUGAACGUGCACCGCCGCCGUUGCCCUUGAACCCGCAGUCGCCCAGCUUCUCGUCGCGGGCCGGCACUAGCAUUGCCAUCCAGUCCGCCCAUGCUGCGCUGAGCGAGCGAGCGCGCGACACCGCCGCCGUCGUCCCCUCCCUGGCCAAGAGAGUCCAAGACGGCUCCCCCGAGAAAUCCAUGAUCAAGGGCCACCGUCGCAUGCAGUCGCUGCAGCCUGGCACCGUCCGGGACAUGAGUCUCAUGAUCGACGGCGGGCGAAACACUCCUGGCUCACCCAGCCGAUCCCUCGAUAGGCACGACCGACCGUCGACGCCCACCACCAAUAACAACAACAACACCAACCAGCUCCGAGAGAGCGCCAUCGAGCACGACACCUCCACCCCGGGUCCUGGCCCGAGCCUCACCCCAAUUGUUCGACCGACGGUCCGCCGACCGCCUCCCCAGAGCAUCCUGGGAGAGAAUACGCCGCCGCAGUCGUCGACUAUGCUUGCUCUUCAAAACAUGGGCAUCCAACAAGCAUCCCGAGAGGCUACGCCGGGUCUCUCCGGCGCCACAAAUGGCGCGACCUCUAGCAAAGGCACUCCAAACAUCGAGGCCUUGUCCGGUCAAAUCAUCAACCUCACUGGCAUCGCCCAAUCGCUGCAAAAGGAGCUUUCAGCGCUCAGCAGGCGCAGCCGCGACAAUGCCACUGACCUUCUCAGCCUCAAAGAGGCCACCAAUACCAGGGACGAAGACAUCCGCAGGAGCCUACGGGACCUGAUGGGUAACGUGAGCGAGGCUUCGAGCAGGAUCUCUUCGCGCGAACACUACUCUGGGCUGUUCCUUGACAAUAAGCCUCACUGUACCUCGCCGCCGCAUAGGGGGUCGUUCCAGCUGCCCCGAAUACCAUCACCCAAGAGCUUCGCCGAAUCCAUCGACCGCGCCUCCGUGAGUACGCCCUCACUUGUGGGCGUAGAUGGCCCGGCCUCCGUCGCCAUACUGGAAAGGAUCCUGCGCGGUCUGGGCACCAAGGAUGGGCAGGAGUCGCUGGUCGGCCUCCUUCACGAGCUCUCGCAAAAGGUGUCCGGGCUGGCGACGGCUUCAAAGGUGGACGAUCUCGCUCGCUUCGUUCGAGAAAAGUCGCAUAGCGCAGUCGUUCCAGAUGUGUCUGCGCGCGGCUCACAGUUUGGCGGCGAUGUUAUUCCCACCACGGCCAUGACCCAGAGAGUCGAGCGUCUUCUUCAGAGCAGCGAGAAUCGCAGCUUGCCAGCAUCAGCCGGGCGCGGCGCCGGACUCUUAAAUGAAGACCUGAUCAAGAUUAUUCAGUCGGUCAAGGAUAGCGUCGCGCAGGGCGGUGGUUUGACGGCCGAGGUCAAGGCCUUGGUGCGUGAACUCCGGGGCGAGGUCCUGGGGAUGGGACGUGAGCUCGGAAAGCGCCUGGAGAAGAUGGGCGUCAAGACCGAUGAGGAGUCCGACCCUCCGAGCAAAGACGAGGUCUCGAGAGUGAUUGACGAGGGUCUCGCACAGAUGAAGGAGCAGCUGAAUAACGUCCUUCGCGAGCAUCGGCGUCAGUCCCAGGCAUCUGCCUCCUCGCAGAAGACCCUGAUCGACUAUCAGGAGAUCUACAACGCCAUGCGUGCGGCCCUUCGAGACAACGAGGCAUCCCGCGGCGAGAUGCCCGAUCUGAGCCGAGAGGAUGUCAUCGAGGCUGUGCGUGACGCUUGGGAGAACUACAAGCCCGAGAUUGAGGUUCAGCAGCUUGGCCUGGAGCGCGACGAGGUUCUUACCUGUCUCAAGGAAGGCAUCCAGGAGUACAUGCCUCGCGAUCGAGGCCCGGUUGGCGCCACCAGGGAUGAAGUGUUCCAGGCCGUCGUCGAAGGUCUGAAGCACUUUGUUCCGCCGCGGAUGGACACCUCGGCGACCAUGUCUAGGGACGAGAUCAUCGAAGCUGUCCGCGACUGCCUCGAAGAGUUCGAGUUCCCGGUGGCAGCCUCUGCGAUUGGAAACGACUUGACGCACAAGGAAAUGGUCCACGCAGUCAAGGAAGGGCUAGAAGGGCUUGAGUUUCCCCGUGGAGAUGCCGUCGUCAGAGCGCAAUCCGACAAUGACGAAGUUCUAUUGCGUCUCCAAGAUAUUAUGGAGUACAUGAAGCUUGAGUUUAAGGCGGUCUCCGAAGAGGCAAAAGACAAUGUCGCGGCCAAUGGUCGAGACACGGAACAGGUUCUCGACGCCACCAAAGAUGGUCUGGAGAACCUCCGCAUCGCCAUCGAGAGCUACGUUGACCGCGUCUCCGGCACGAGUGGACAUGAGGAGCUCAUGGAGCACAUGUCCAGGACUGUCGAGGAGAUGAAGGAAGAGCUCUCUCGUGCGGUUACGCAAGCCAACGAUGGCGCGCGUGAGCAGCUCCAAACCGAGCUCGAUGGCUUGCGUGACGUUGUCAACUCGUCAAUGGUUCCUGCGACGCCGCAUACCGCAACCAACAACCACGAAGUCCUCGAUGCACUGCAGAAUGGCCUCAACAGCCUCAGGCAGGAGAUCCUGAGACCUCGACCCGAGACGAGCGAAAUUUUGGAUGCCAUCAACGAUGGCCUCAACGAGAUUCGAGCCGGAAUCGACAGAGUAACUAACAAGCCUGUCGACCUAACGGCUAACGAUGAGAUUCUGGACGCUCUCAAGGCUGGUCUGGACUCCGUCAGGUCUGACAUUGAGACGCUGCGCGAUGACAGCAAUGACAAAGCAGUAGCUACGGUCAAAAAUCUUGGGUCGGAUCAGGCCGUCGUCCCGGCAGACAUGGUCAAGCAAGAUGAUAUCAGAAAUCUCGAGGUUCUCAUCACGCAGCUCCGGAUCAAGGUCGAGGCUAUGGGCUCCGAACCGGAAACGGAAGCGGACAAUGUACAGAAGGAGGACCUGGCUCGCCUGGAGGACAUGCUUCGAAACGUCCAGGAGGGCGUCGAAGAGAUCUCUUCUCGAGAGCCCCCUGCACCAGCAGAGAAGGAGGCGUCGGACGCUGCUCCAGUCCCCAGCGAUGUCGCGACAAAGGACGACGUCGAAGCCAUUGAAACAAUCCUACGGAACACAAAAGCCCGCCUCGACGACCUCAUUGACGGCGAGCAAGCUGUGCGCAAGGAGCAGCUCGAUGCCGUAGAGGCCGCUGCAUUGGAGUCCAAGCAGACCAUGGAUUCCAUCGUCGAUCAGCUGGGAGCAAUCUCCAAAAAGGAGGACCUCACCAACUUCGAAACUCUGCUUACCCAGCUGACUGUCGGUUUGAGCGAGUUGAAGGAGCACGCGGACAAGGAAGCCGAAAAUGACGACAAGGCCACCAAAACGGACAUUGAGGCUGUUGAAACGGUCGUGCUCGAGAUAAAGACGGCCCUCGACGGCUUUACAGGUACAGACUUUGCGGCCCUGUCCAACAAGGAGGACCUCACAAACAUGGAGAACAUUGUCAAGGAGGCCAACCAGAAGCUCCAAGAGCUUUCCGAGGCAUCGACCAAAGCUCAGGAUGACCGGCAAGCCGAGAUUGUUGGCGUGGCGGACCGAGUGACCGAAGUCAAGACAUUCCUGGAGGAAUUUCAAGGGGCCAUCAAGGGCAAGCUCGAGGAGGGGGCGUCUGGUGUCGAGGCACUCAGCAAGCUCCUCGAAUCGAUGGGCGAGAAGAUUGACAAGAACGAAAACGUCGGCCAGGAUCUCAAAGACAUGUUCGACACCAUGAAGACGCAGUUCGACGAGUCCAAGGAAGUGGUCGCUGGUGCCAGGCUCGAAUCCGACGAGAAGCUCCAGGAAGCCACGGAAAGCAUCAGCACCAAGAUCGACGACAAGGUCACGGAGCUCAUUGCCAAAUACGACGAGUUCAAGACCACCCUCGACGAAAAGACGGCGGCGGGCGAGGCUCGUGACAUCGAGACGGAAGCUGCUGUUGUCGGAACCAAGGCGGUCGCGGACGAGCUGAAGCUGCUGAUUGAUGCUCUGGGCUCGACCGUCACGGAUUCGCUCGAGAAGAUGGAGGAAGCCUCCAAGACUGUGUUCGAAAAGGUUGAAGAGCUUGCUUCUCGGACCGAGGACCACCAGACCGAGGGCAAGUCUGAGCACGCGCAGACGCGGGAGCAUAUCCAGCAGGCCGUCGCAGUGGUCGAGGGCUUGCAGGGCGAAGUCAAAGAAUACCAGCCCCAAAUCCUGCAGGCCGUCAAGGACCUCCUCCUCCUCGUCGGAGAGCACUACGAGCACUCCAAGUCCUCUGCCACGGACCUUCAAGACAAGAUUGUGGAGUCGAAGCCGCCUGAGCAGCCCAUGCUGCCUCCUCCGGAGAAGUAUGAUGAUUCGGAGGUGCAGAAGAAGCUCAACACGCUGGUGGAGCAGAGGUAUGACGACUCGGAGGUAAAGGAAACGCUCAGCAAAUUGGUGGAGCAGAAGUACGACGACACCGAGGUCCGAGAGACGCUGGGUAGGCUGCUCGAGGACAAGUAUGACGACUCAAUGCUUCACGAGAAGCUCGACAAGCUGGUCGAGGACAAGUACGAUGACGCUGGUGUCCACGAGAAGCUGGACAAGCUUGUCGAUCACAGCGCCACGGCAACGGAGGCAUUUGCGCGCUUUGAAACCCUGGACAAGGUGCACGCGUCUGUCGUCAACACGGCUGCGGAGAUUUCUCAGUUCCUGUCUACUCAGACGCAGCGCAUCUCAGACGACCACGAGGACCGCGAGAAGUCUCUGCAAGAGACGGUCAUCUCCCUGGAGCGCCGGCAGGCCGAAAAGGAGCACGUUGAGGCGUCCAUCCUCAGCCUCAGGGACGAAGAAGAGAGACUUCGCAAGAGCGUCAUGGGCCUCCGGACGGAGCAGGAGAGUCUCAUCCGUCAGAAGACUAGGCUCACAGGCGACGUGUCCUCGCUCGAGACGGCUAUGCGCCUGCGCAAGGAGGAGCUCUCGGAGAUGGAGCACCGCGCGGAACGUCUCGAGCGACGCAUCAUGGAAGGCGUCAUGGACCAUUCGCGAGUCCUGCUCAUGUCCAAGUCCAGCAAGGACCGUGACAACAUGAGCCGCAAGCGCGUCAAGAAGCCUGCCAGCGCAGAGGCCGCCGAGAUGCCCAAGCCCCGGGCGGUAGUCAACAUGGCGCUACAGGCAAAGCGCAACCUGGCGCCGCCGACGUCCAACGGGGCCGCGAGACGUAUUGCGUCUCUCAGCCAGAUGCACAGCAACAUGUCGUCAGGUCUCGUCAAGCGCAGCCAGAGCGUGCGGACUCCAGCGGGCGCCAACGCGCUGCGGAAGCGCAGCUGGGGCGGCGGCCUCGGCAAGGCGUUUGACGCCGAGGACAAGGAGAAUGUCGGCGUUGCGGAGACGGUGGAGGAGCUGGAAGAGCCAGAGACGCCCCAACCGGAGAGAAGUGCCGAGAUUGACUUUGCGGGCGAAGAGACGACGGUGCUCGACUCGACGCUCGACGACGACGGAGAAGACGACGUGCACAGCGAGACCGGCACGCUGCGGCGGAGCAGCAUGGGCACCACGGUGAUGACGUCGAGCACCGAUCAGUACGACGGGUCCGAGGCCGGGACCAGCGAAUACAGCGACGAGUACAGCGAUUACACGGGGAGCGUCAUGGGCACCGACACCGGCACCGACCUGGGCGCCGAGAACGGCCUCGUGCUGUACGGCCAGUGAAGGGGGGGAGACGGGUAUGCGCUUCAACCGUGAAGGAUACACAGUAUGUUGCUUGUAUGGACUAGUACAGAUCGAGAUUGUUUGCCUUACCGCCUUGAGCGUUCAGUUUUGUUGGGUUUUGUCUUGUCUUGGGUUAUGUGUUUGUUUACGUCCAUGAUCCGUGACGGAUGGAAUAUGACGAGUACAUGACGUGUGUGAUGGAUGGCUUUGAAUUGUAACAAACAACAAGUAUUCAGUUUACUACACCUUUUGGAGACGA